UUCCCCUCACAAAUUCUUCUCAAAUAUUUCAUUUCUCUCUAUUUUCCAUAUUUCAAGUAAUUGUUAGAGAAAAAUGGAAGAAAUGGCUUCUUUAUGGUCUUACCAAGAGACAAUUGAUGAAAUGAGACAGAAACUUGUUUACACUAGUCUUGAACUAGAAAAGAUGAAAGUUCAAAUGAGUGAAGAAAUGAUGAAGAACAAAGAGUAUGUGAAGCAAUUAAUCCAAUUCUUGAAAAUGGUUUGUCAAGAAAGAGAUGAAGCAAAAGAUCAACUUCAUAAACUACUCAACAAAUUUGAUAGUAAUCCUCCUAUUGUGAUGAUGAAGUCAACAAAAGCAAAUUCAAGUAUAACUGAUCAAUCCAACAGCUUGUCUGAAGCAUACAAUUAUCAGUCACACUAUUCAUCCCCUGUCGAAUCGUUUUUCGACACAGUUUCAUCUCCUGAAUUGGAAUUUUCCAAUAGAAACAUAGCUGAUUCAAAUCCAGUAGCUUAUGACAAUUGUGUUACUCAAUUGUCCCCAAAAGUUGACAAGGCCUCAUUGGUUAUUGAAAGUUUUGUUAAGGGGAAAACUUUGCCUCAACAAGGGAAACUUUUGCAGUCUGUUCUUGAAGCAGGGCCACUUCUACAAACACUUUUAGUUUCAGGACAACUUCCUCAAUGGCGAAAUCCUCCUCAGCUUACGCCAUUUAAUAUUCCAUCAAUUUCCUUUAAAGGGUGUGUAUCUGAUGUCUCAAAUCAGAAUCUUGGUGCAAGUUUGAGCUAUCCUGCUUCAACAUCUCAACCUUAUUUUGACAUGUCAUGUGGAUCUUCACAAAUGGUGUCUACAUCUAUGUUAAAUUUUGCUAAUUCUGAUUCUGGUUCCUGUUUGGAAAAUCAGAGGUUGACAUCUUUUGGUCCAAAUAUGAACAGUUUUGUCUGCCUGGGAAAGAGACAAAGGUUGCAUUAAUUAAGACAAGUUGAAAUUUAUGUUGCUCGGACUCUUUAAUAAUCUAGAGGGGUGCAUGUCGGAUUCUCUAAAAGUAGUGUCUUUUUGGAGGAUGUGACACGGGUGCAGUAACAUUUUUGGAGAGUCUGAGCAAGAUAGGUGGAAAGAUGGAUGCCUAUAUUUCAAAAUUUUGUACAAAGCAUUUUUUCCGGGCGUUGUAAAUGGAACAUAUUGAUUGAGUUUGACAGCAUUAGCUUUUGAUGAAUUUCAUAUCUCCUUUGGCUUUUCCCUUAAA